AUGGCUUCUGAUAGUUCAACGUUCGCCCACACGGCACUUCCAUCAGACGCACAUUAUAUUCGUCUUCUACAGUUCGAAGAUACGGCGGCGACUGAGCCUCUCAGAUUCACCUUAGGAGUGUACAAAUUCUCAGAUGUCCCCGUGUACAAUGCUCUUUCCUACGAGUGGGGAGAUGGCACAGCUGAUCGAACAAUAUUCAUCAACAAUGGUCCCUUCCUCAUCCGCGACAACUUACACCACUUUCUCAGUGUUCUAGCUGGCAGUGGGCAGAGAGACACACUGUUCUUCGCAGAUGCGAUCUGCAUAAACCAAGACGACAUCCCAGAGCGUAACACCCAGGUGCAGCGGAUGGGUGAUCUAUACCGUCAGGCACAGAAGGUUCUGGUCUGGAUAGGACCCGGAACCACCGAGUCCGACCUUGUUUUCGACAUAUGUGCAGAAGAAACUCAAGAGGCAAUAGACCUGCAGGGAUCAAGCGGAAACGCUCUUGAUAUGGUGUAUCGGCGCUCUUACUGGACAAGACUAUGGAUUAUCCAGGAGCUAUUCCUCGCACGGGAUGCGAUUGUCUUCUGUGGCUCGAAAUCUGCACCUUGGUCAUCGUUCAGGAGGUUGACAACUGCGGUCAGAGGAGACUUUGUUCUCGGGGGAUUCACUGGAGUGGAUAUACAACUUGGCAGUUCGCCCCUGGGAUUACAUACAAGGACAGUGCUCGGCCAAUUAGACAAGAAAGACAGGGAAGGCAGCAUUUUGAACAAAACGAUAGACAACAUCGUCAUUGAAUUUGGGCAAGCUCAAUGCAGCGAUGUCCGCGAUCGUGUCUUUGGGCUGCUUGGCCUCGCAAAAAUGCAGGAGGAUGGUCGCGGCCUUAGGAUUAUGGCAAACUAUUCAGCGACGACAGUCAAUCUAUUUGUCCGACUGCUCAGUAACAUGCCAUAUACUCUGAGGCUGAAUCAUGCGCUAAGCAUCUUCAAUAUCCUAAAAUUGCACCAUGUCGAUGUUUGUGCAUGGGACAUCGGUAUUCCAGAAACAAUCUGUAACCUUGUUUUCGAAGUCGGGCUCACGCAUCUUGGACACAUCCGACAUGUGAGCGAGUCGCGUCCAUUGUUAUGUGAUUGGUGCAAAAUGUGGAACAAGAGGAAUAAGCACACGCCCUUUGAAUUGGGUGAGCACCUUCGGCAAGAACUCCGCGACAAAGCCAUUACUGAGUUCAUGGUGGGGGCGACACAAUCUAGUCUGGCCGCCCAUAACUGCGGCCCUCUGCUGUCCCUGGGGCCCUAUGACAGCUGCGUGACUGCAAAGAAGCUCAAUGAAGGGGACGAAAUGUUUCUAAUGGAGGGAACCAAUAUCGUGUUGAUUGAACACAAGCCAAACCCAGAAGAUGAGUCUCAUGAGCCUGUCACUCGGUUCACCCGAGGGGUACUCGCACACACUCAAAGGGAAGAGAGUAUCCUACAAGCAGCAAUGUUGCUUGAUAGCUGCUUACCGUCUUUACCUGCUCCAACGGAGGUCCGUUUACAGAAGGCACGCUUCGAGCGUCCCGCUUACCCAUUCGAAGUCAUUCAUGAGGAGCUCACCUUGCGGCAAAUUAUGUUCAUUCUGACACGGGCUGCACAACAUAGUAGCUAUUAUGAUUGA